AUGUCGCGCCCCCUCUGGUAUCCACGAAUCGCAACUCAUAGUCCAUUCAAACGCACUUCGACACGGUUUGUAUUGAAAGGGAAGCGUUUCUAUGAAUCAGGAUCAGCACCACCUCCGGAUGCGCCUGCCAUUCCAUACGGGCCAGGAAUACCUCCUCCGUUGAAGGGUGUUAGAGUUCUAGACCUCACUCGUGUGCUCGCGGGUCCAACGGCGACUAUGCUAUUGGCAGAUCUCGGCGCAGAUGUCAUAAAGGUCGAGGAAGUUUCUCGGGGAGAUGACACCCGCUCUUGGAAUCCUCCAUCCGCCCCGUUGUUAGCUUCAGCUCCUGACGCGUCAAAGCACCUACCACCUGAAUCGGCCUAUUUUCUUGCGGUAAAUCGAAAUAAGCGCUCUAUUACUGUCAAUCUGAAAACACCAGAAGGCUUGGAAAUAGUGCGGAAACUUGUGGAGAAGUCGGACGUUCUAGUUGAAAACUUUGUCGCCGGCAAGUUGGCCUCGCUGGGACUUGGAUGGGAAGAUUGCCAAAAGAUCAAUGAACGUUUGAUUUAUGCGUCUAUAACUGGUUAUGGACAAACGGGGCCCUAUAGGACGGCGGCUGGGUAUGACGUUAUAAUUGAAGCUGAAGCUGGCUUGAUGCAUAUCACUGGUGAACCAGACCGACCACCAUCCAAGGUUGGCGUGGCGGCAACUGAUAUCGCCACUGGACUUUACGCCCAUGGAGCGAUCAUGGCCGCUCUUCUAUCGCGGCAGCAGACUGGGAAAGGAGUUUGGAUUGACUGUAACCUUUUUGAGUCACAGGUUGCUGGACUGGCCAAUAUUGCGUCGAACUAUCUGAUAGCAGGCAAAGAAGCUUCAAGACACGGUACUGCUCAUCCAUCUAUUGUGCCAUACCAGGUUUUCCCUUGCAAAGAUGGAUUUUUGAUGAUUGGUGCUGGAAAUAAUAAACAGUUCAAAACGCUCGCUGAGAAGAUUCUGGAAGAUCCGUCAUUGGCUACAAAUCCGAAGUUUGCAACAAAUGACGCUCGUGUUGCUAACCGGGCCGAGCUGCUUGAGAUUAUUACUGGAGUCCUUGCGAAGCACACGAAAGACCAUUGGCUGCAGCGGUUUACUGGUCUAGGAGUGCCAUUUGGACCAAUCAAUAAUAUCGAGCAAACGUUCAAUCAUCCCCAGGCUCUAGCGAGGAAAGUGACGGUUGAAGUUAGCGUGAGUGGUUCUGAACUGGUUGCUACGAUUCAGCAGAAACCUAAAUUGGAGCUUCAGCAUGCUCGUGCGGGGAAAAUUAAAUUAGUUGCACCUGCUGUUGCAUACAAUGGGCAGAAAAUGGCGAUACGGCUCCCACCACCGUGGCUCUCAGAGCAUACGGAUGAGGUAGAUUUAUUUUCUCGCGAUAACACGGCAGGAGAUCUGACUAGGUGA